AAACACCAAACGUUUUUGUUGUUAAUCGCACAUUAAAAAUGGUAUUACUUGUUUCAAAUAAUGGUAAGCUGAAUAUAUUUUAUUUUUCUUAUUAAAAUGAACAUCAAUGUGAUAGGAUUAAUGAUUUUAGUCUUUAAUCAGAAUUGUGAAUUGGUUUGGACUGACUCAGUGUUACCCACUCACGCUCAGCAAGUGAAUUUACUCACAAGCGUAGAAGAACUGUUUGAACAAGUCAAGUAUGCCUCAAAAACUGAACAAGAAACAAUGAAUGAUUCGAUCAAAUCAGACAUUCAGAUGACAUUAAAAUGGAGUCAGUUCCUCAUUGGUAGUCUUAGAGAUCUCUAUCUGUUAAAAUUGACAUCGAACAGUAAUUCAGUAUGUUCAAUAGACGAAAAAGAAUCUAUGGUGCAGAUUUCCCAAAAUGCAGCAAAAAACCUAGAUAAUUGCACCAAUCAAGAACUGGGAACGAUAAAUUCGAAUUCGAGAUCUUUUAUCGAACAUUACUGA